AUGUUAAUUGUUUUGGGAACAAUUAUCGGUGGAAUGUUGUUUGGUAUUUAUGGACAUUCAGCAUCCAUCAUCUAUAGUUCAACAACUUUCUUCUUAUUUUUAUUACCUCAAAUUGUAUUUGAAGCUGGUUAUUUCCUACCUAACAGAUUAUUUUUCGAUAAUAUUGGUACUAUCAUUUUGUACGCCGUUGUUGGAACUAUAUUCAACACUUUUACUGUUGGCUCAUCCUUAUAUUUAAUGUCGACUUUGGGAGCAAUCAACGUAGAAAUUACCUUAUUACAUUGUUUACUCUUUGGUAGUUUGAUAUCUGCUGUUGAUCCAGUUGCGGUUUUAGCCGUAUUUGAAGAAGUUCACGUUAAUGAUGUUUUAUAUAUUCUAGUAUUUGGAGAAUCUCUCGUUAAUGGUAACAAAAAGAUUGAACUAUUUCCACUUUUUAAAAAAUAUUCUCACAGAGUUUUAUUGUUAAAGAUUGCCUUGUCAGUGGGAUCCUUUUUUGUGGCAAGUCUGGCCGGUACCUUGAUUGGAAUUAUAGUUGGCUUCAUGUCAGCAUUUAUCACCAAAUAUACCGCUAAUGUGCGAGUGGUUGAACCAAUGGUCAUCUUUGCCGGUGGAUACAUUGCAUAUCUAGUCAGCGAAAUUUUCCAUUUCUCCAGCAUAAUGAGCAUUGUAUUUUGCGCUAUUGCGAUGAAACCUUAUGUUGAGGCUAAUAUCUCGCAUAAAUCUCAUACAACUGUUAAAUACUUUUUGAAAAUGCUAAGCUCAUUUAGUGAAUCACUGAUAUUCUUAUUUCUUGGUCUUGUCCUGAUUACAUGGAAUCAUUAUUUUAACGUGUCGUUUAUCAUGUUUACCCUUCUAUUCGUUGCAGUCUAUCGUUUUAUUGGUGUAUAUGCCUUAACUUUCCUGGCUAAUCGAUUUGGACGAAUGAGGAAAGUGACAUUAUUGGAACAAUUUAUCAUGGCAUACGGUGGAAUUCGAGGGGCUAUUUCUUUUUCUUUAAGUAUUCUCAUCAAUGAAAAGGAUGUACCGUUACGAAAUAUGUUUGUUACGACAACCAUAAUUGUUGUUAUAUUUACAGUAUUCCUUCAGGGAGGCACUAUUAAGCCGCUUGUUAAUUGGUUACACAUCACCAAAAGUGAGAAGCAUCGACAAACAUUAAAUGAAGCUACAUUCGAUUCCAUGACUGGGCAUAUUAUGGCCGGUAUUGAAGAAAUCGCUGGAACAUUUGGAUAUAAUGUCGUAAGGGAGAAAAUGAAUGAAUGGGAUAAUAGAUAUUUUCGUAAAUGGUUAAUGAGAGAG